AUUUUAAAGAAUAUUCAAUAAAUUUACUUAUCACAUAUACAGAUUGAUUAAAAAUAUUUGUUAUGCAAAUAAAUUUAUAUUAGCAGUUAUAUUAAAAGAGUUUACUAAAAGUACAAUAUCAAAUAUAAAGAAAGCUGGGCAUAGUGGUAGGAGAAAGAAAGGUAUGGUCACUGAAAUAUGCAGACAAUAUUGUGUUGAUGACGGAUAGAGAAGAGGAGUUAAAGGAAAUGCUAAAGAGAUUCAAAAAAUUUUUAAAGGAAACCGAAUUGGAACUGAGCAUCGAAAAGACCAAGAUAGUAGUUUUCGAAAAAAGAAAGAACAAAAGGAGACAGAGAAAAUGGAAAUGGGGAGAGUAAGAAUUAGAAGAAGUGGACGAGAUAAGAUGCCUAGGGUACAUACUACAGAAAAACGGCAGUGAUGAGAAACACAUACAAGACAGGAAAAAGAGAGCAACAAUAGAGAAAGGAUGGGAGAAAGAAUUUUUAAACAGGACUACAAGAGGAGAAUGAAGAGGUUUGGAGCACUGGUAGAGAGCUUGGCGCUGUUUGGAGCAGAGAUAUGGAGCUGGAACAUGGAGGAAAGACUGGAUAGAAUACAAAGAAGAUAUGUGGUAUGGAUCUUAGGUUUAGAUAUGACAACACCAAAUUAUGUAUUGAUAGAAGAAUGCAAGUUAACAGAAAUCAAAGAAAAAGCAUUAAGAAGAGCAGCAAGGUACAAAGAGAAAGCCUUAGAAUCAAAAAAGGACCUAGUAAAGGAGUGCAUAAAGGAAAGAUAGAGAAACUGGAUAAAUGGCCAAGAAGGGAAAAGAGCA